AUGAUAGAAAUGGGAACGUGUUUGGUCUGGUCUGGCCAGCAGCAAACGGCACGAGAGCUGUUCAGCAACGCACUUAAUCAGAUCGAAUCUACAAACCCUUCCAAUUGGGCCAGAGCGGCGGGUGCACAUUUCGGCCUUGGUCUGGUUGAUCGUCACAAUGUUGAUUUUGAAUCUUCAGAGGCCCAUUUCCUGGAAGCCUAG